AAGAUACAUCGGAGAAAAAAAGUUUUUAUUCGGCGCAUUAUUUCUAGUGGUAUGUUUAUUCUCUCAUUCAAAGUCAUAUGAAAAAAGAUUAAAAAGUAAUAAUAUUCUCUCUGAAAGUCUAGAGGUAUUUUAGAACAGUACCACUACGAUUCUCUUCUUCAUCCUCUUCAUAAUAUGCCGUUGUGGUGAUUGUUCAUAUAUCUAUAUGUACUCAGUCCUAUCGCCUAAGAGUCACGCUAACUUCUUAUUCUCUCUGAGAAGACAGCUUUAAAGAAAAAAAAAAUGGAGAUGAGACUUUUGAAAACUCACCUUCUGUUUCUCCAUCUUCAUUACGUUAUCUCGAUUUUGCUUCUGUCUUUCUCACCAUGCUUCGCUUCCACUGACAUGGACCAUCUCCUCACCCUCAAAUCCUCCAUGGUCGGCCCCAACGGCCACGGCCUCCACGACUGGGUUCACUCCACUUCUCCCUCAGCUCACUGUUCUUUCUCCGGCGUUUCCUGCGACGGCGACGCUCGUGUCAUCUCCCUCAACGUCUCUUUCACUCCUCUCUUCGGAACCAUCUCCCCGGAGAUUGGGAUGCUGGACCGUCUCGUGAAUCUGACGUUAGCUGCUAAUAAUUUCUCCGGUAUGCUCCCGUUGGAGAUGAAGAGUCUCACUUCUCUAAAGGUUCUCAACAUCUCCAACAACGUGAACCUCAACGGAACCUUCCCCGGAGAGAUUCUCACUCCCAUGGUCGACCUCGAAGUCCUCGACGCGUACAACAACAACUUCACAGGCCCACUACCGCCGGAGAUCCCCGGGCUCAAGAAGCUGAGACACCUCUCUCUCGGAGGAAACUUCUUAACCGGAGAGAUCCCGGAGAGUUACGGAGAUAUCCAGAGCUUGGAGUAUCUCGGCCUCAACGGAGCCGGACUCUCCGGCGAAUCUCCGGCGUUCUUGUCACGCCUCAAGAAUCUUAAAGAAAUGUACGUCGGCUACUUCAACAGCUACACCGGCGGCGUACCGCCGGAGUUCGGUGAAUUGACAAACCUAGAGGUUCUCGACAUGGCGAGCUGUACACUCACGGGAGAGAUUCCGACGACUCUGAGUAAUCUAAAACAUUUGCACACUUUGUUUCUCCACAUCAACAACUUAACCGGAAACAUCCCACCCGAACUCUCCGGUUUAAUCAGCUUAAAAUCUCUAGACCUCUCAAUAAACCAGCUAACCGGAGAGAUUCCUCAGAGCUUCAUCUCCUUAGCAAACAUCACUCUCAUCAACCUCUUCCGAAACAAUCUCCACGGGCCCAUACCUGAGUUCAUCGGAGACAUGCCGAACCUCCAAGUCCUCCAGGUGUGGGAGAACAACUUCACGCUAGAGCUACCGGCGAAUCUCGGCCGGAACGGGAAUCUGAAAAAGCUCGACGUCUCUGAUAACCAUCUCACCGGACUCAUCCCCGUGGAUUUGUGCAGAGGCGGGAAGCUGGAGACGCUGGUGCUCUCCAACAACUUCUUCUUCGGCUCCAUCCCUGAGAAGCUAGGUCAAUGCAAAUCGCUAAACAAGAUCCGAAUCGUCAAGAAUCUCCUCAACGGUACGGUUCCGGAGGGAUUAUUCAAUCUACCGCUCGUUACGAUCAUCGAGCUCACCGAUAACUUCUUCUCCGGAGAUCUUCCGGGGGAGAUGUCAGGCGACGUUCUCGAUCAUAUCUACUUAUCUAACAAUUGGUUUACCGGUUUAAUCCCCCCGGCUAUCGGUAAUUUUAAAAAUCUACAGGAUUUAUUCUUAGACCGGAACCGGUUUAGCGGGAAUAUUCCGAGAGAAGUUUUCGAGUUAAAGCAUCUCACUAAGAUCAACACGAGUGCUAACAACCUCACCGGCGACAUCCCUGACUCGAUCUCGCGAUGCACUUCCUUAAUCUCCGUCGAUCUCAGCCGUAACCGAAUCGGCGGCGAUAUCCCGAAAGACAUCCACGACGUGAUUAACUUAGGAACUCUCAAUCUCUCCGGGAAUCAACUCACCGGCUCGAUCCCGAUCGGAAUCGGGAAGAUGACGAGCUUAACCACUCUCGAUCUCUCCUUCAACGACCUCUCGGGGAGAGUCCCACUCGGCGGCCAGUUCCUAGUCUUCAACGACACUUCCUUCGCCGGAAACCCUUACCUCUGCCUCCCUCGCCACGUCUCGUGCCUAACGCGUCCCGGCCAAACCUCCGAUCGCAUCCACACGGCGCUGUUCUCGCCGUCGAGGAUCGCCAUCACGAUAAUCGCAGCGGUCACGGCGCUGAUCCUCAUCAGCGUCGCGAUUCGUCAGAUGAACAAGAAGAAGCACGAGAGAUCCCUCUCGUGGAAGCUAACCGCCUUCCAGCGGCUCGAUUUCAAAGCGGAAGACGUCCUCGAGUGCCUCCAAGAGGAGAACAUAAUCGGGAAAGGCGGAGCGGGGAUCGUCUACCGCGGAUCCAUGCCGAACAACGUCGACGUCGCGAUCAAACGCUUGGUGGGACGCGGAACAGGGAGGAGCGAUCACGGAUUCACGGCGGAGAUACAAACUCUAGGGAGAAUCCGCCACCGUCAUAUAGUUAGACUAUUUGGAUACGUGGCGAACAAGGACACGAACCUGCUUCUCUACGAGUACAUGCCUAACGGGAGCCUCGGCGAGCUUUUGCACGGGUCUAAAGGAGGUCAUCUUCAGUGGGAGACGAGGCACAGAGUAGCCCUUGAAGCGGCGAAAGGACUGUGUUAUCUUCAUCAUGACUGUUCGCCGUUGAUCUUGCAUAGAGACGUUAAGUCCAAUAACAUUCUUCUGGACUCUGAUUUUGAGGCCCAUGUUGCUGAUUUUGGGCUUGCUAAGUUCUUAGUGGACGGUGCUGCUUCUGAGUGUAUGUCUUCAAUAGCUGGGUCCUAUGGAUACAUCGCUCCAGAGUAUGCUUACACUCUCAAAGUGGAUGAGAAGAGUGAUGUGUAUAGUUUUGGAGUGGUGUUAUUGGAGCUGAUAGCUGGGAAGAAACCGGUUGGUGAGUUUGGGGAAGGAGUGGAUAUAGUGAGGUGGGUGAGGAACACGGAGGGUGAGAUACCUCAGCCGUCGGAUGCAGCUACUGUUGUUGCGAUCGUUGACCAGAGGUUGACUGGUUACCCGUUGACUAGUGUGAUUCACGUGUUCAAGAUAGCGAUGAUGUGUGUGGAGGAUGAGGCAGCGACAAGGCCGACGAUGAGGGAAGUUGUGCACAUGCUCACUAACCCUCCCAAGUCCGUCACUAACUUGAUCGCCUUCUGACCAAAUCUAAGAUUAAUGAAAAAAUAAUGUGUUUUGUGUGUAAUGAUGAUAAUAUUUUGUUGUGGUGUUUCUCUAAGUGAACAUAUAUGGUUUUUAAAUUACCUUCGAGUUGUAUGUAUGUAUAUUUGUUGUGUGAUCGAUUUGUAUAUUGCCUAUUAUGUGUUUUUUAUCUA